UGCUACUUUUAUUACUUCUUUGUGUUUGACUUUGAUUUGUGGGAUUGCCUGUGAAGACAGCAAUGAGAGUGGAUGUAUCUGCAUGUCGAUGGAAAUUAAACCCGCCAAGUUUUGGCUAAAAGACAAUUUAUUCUCCGUCAAUCCUUCUUACGAAUGCAACGUUGAGCUGCAACCACCUCAACAAGUAUUUAUGACUACAGCGUUUUAUUCAUGACGUUGUUUGACACAGAAUGUCAGGAUUUGCAGCCCGUUUUAAUAUAUAUAUAUAUAUAUAUUCAAAAUUAUUUCCACCUAACGACAAUUCUAACAUUUAACUGACUUUUGUUCGUCGAGUGAAAACGACAUUUGGAAUAUCGCGUUAUGCUAAACGCAUCGCAGGUAACGGCUAAAAUUCAAACUUUAGUAGCUGAAACGUGAAAAGUCAUCCAUGUUAAUAAUAAACUCAUUAUCCACAUGUAACGUGCACAAUGCAAGGAGUAUGAAAAUGCUCAUCCUUGAUGCCAAAGUUUUAUUGUGAUUGUAAAAUACAAUCGUCAGCAGAGUGUAAGGAAAUGUUAAUGUGGCUGCAAGUGGACCAAGGUUUUGUUUUUUAACUCUAAAUGUAAUCGACGUUAAUACUAACGGCCAAAAACAUGUCAUCGAGGUGGGUAUCUCGAUCGGCUCCCGAGGAAAAGAAACUGACCGGAGGUAUGGCGAGUAACAUGGUCAGUUUUGGAGCUGAAUUCGAGGACGAUGCACAAUGGAGCAGGUUGUUAUGCUGCAACUCAACCAGAGCACUUAAUGGAGCACCCUCUGGGUUUAACAGAUUUGGAUAUGGUGAGCGACGGUUCCAAGAUAACAGUACCCACCACGCUGGAGGUCCAAAUGGGCAUCUUUCCACCCACAUCAGACAUCCUCAAGGUCAACAAGGAGAGAACAAAGUCUGCAAGCAGGGAAACGUUCAUUUUGGCUGAGCUGAUUGAAACGGAAAAGGCUUACGUGCGAGACCUGCGUGAGGGCAUUGAUACUUGCAUGAGGGAGAUGUUGACCCAAGAGAAGAAGAUUCCUGCAGGACUAAACAACAUGGAGCACGUCAUCUUCGAGAACUUGCUGGAGCUGUAUGAGUUCCAUCAUAAGAUCUUUCUUAAGAACCUGGAAAAGCAUGCAAAUGUCCCUGAAGAUGUCAGGCAUUGCUUUGUCAAAUGGGCUGAAAAGUUCCAGUUAUAUGUGGACUACUGCAAGAACAGUGACAAAUCCACCCGGCUCUUCAUGGAGCAUACUGUCAUCUAUUCUAAUCAGAAGGACGGACUGGCAUUCUCGUUACAAUCUUUCCUAAUACAGAGAAUGACAAAAUAUCCGCUCCUGUUAAAGAAUCUCCUCGAGUGCUGUGAAGAAGGGAAAGGAGUACUCAAGGAAGCCCUGGAGUUGACUCUCAGCAUUCCUAAGAGAGCCAAUGAUGCCAUUCAUUUCUCCAUGCUGGAAGGUUUUAGUGAGAGCGUUGAAUCCCUAGGAGUCAUUCAACAGGAGUCAUUCAAAAUGUGGGAUUCAAAAUUACCUUUUUACCCUUCUCCUGAAAAAGUCCUUGGUGGUCUGCAAGGAGGUCAAGGAUGCCAAAGGCAUGACGAAAUACAUAUACAAGAGAAAUCUUGGAAAACUUUUUACUUAUGCUCAAUAAACAUACUAAUUUCAUUUCUUCCUUAG